AACAUUCAGAGACCAGGGCAAAUCCGCUGGGAGUUACACUCAAGUGCCGGACGAAGAAACCAGUCGUCGGCGUAUAGAACUAUUGGUCGCUACAGUGGAGUUCAGAGUGGUCGUUUUAUUCGACGUAUUUUCCACUCUAUAGUGUCUCUAUAGACACUAUAGUAGUGUGUAUAUAGAAGCUAUAUAGUUUAUAGAAGUUUUAUCGCCAGCUUCUCGAGCACGGCUGCUUGGUGUUGCCGGCGUAUUGGUUCAUCGUCUAGUUUUGGAGAGAUUUUCGAAAAUGAGGACCGUAGCGAAUAUAUCGCUGAGCAUAAUGGUAUUCUUCGUCAUGUUGGCAGUCUUCAAAACGACUACGAAUCCUGGGAGGGAGGUCGUCGAAGUCGUAGCCAGGGAGGAUAUCGUCGUAGUCCGGGAGUUGUCCAGGCUGGAAGCUCUAAUGAACAGAUCCAUCGAAGAUAUGAGGGAGAACUUCGACGCCAUGAAGGCCAGAGGGCGCAUGCUAUCGGCCGCUGCUUACUCACCAACGUUGAGAUCGUCUGAGGUCACCUUCCCUACCGUGUACGUCAUCACGCCCACCUUCAAGCGUUACGAGCAGAUCCCUGAACUGACCCGGCUGGGGCAGACCCUCCUGAACGUGCCCAAAAUCCACUGGAUAGUGGCAGACGACGCCAAAGAGAUCAACCCAUCAGUCAUCUCCCUUCUUAAGACGCUGGGCAUCCCUUAUACUUAUAUUUUAACCCCGAUGCCGGUCAAAUUCCGCGACCCGAAGUACAAGGCGAAGCCGAAGGGCGUGGCCAAUCGUAACGGGGGCAUAGACUGGCUCCGGCUCCACGCGACGGAGGGCGUCUUCUACUUUGCAGACGAUGAUAACACCUACGACAUCCGUCUCUUCGAGGAGAUCAGGUUCACGAAGAAGGUCUCCAUGCUCCCCGUGGGGCUGACGACCCACUACGGUCUCUCUACGCCUGUCCUCAAGGGCGGGAAGUUCGUCGGGUGGUACGACGGCUGGAUCUCCAACAGACACUUCCCCAUAGACAUGGCCGCCUUCGCCGUGUCUGUGCCCUUCCUACUGACGAGGCCUCAGGCAAAGAUGCCAUAUUCUCCCGGAUACGAGGAGACCGGAUUCUUAGACUCUCUCAACAUAACGAUGAACGAAGUUGAGUUCGUAGCUGAUAACUGCACGAAAAUAUACGUCUGGCACACGAAGACCCAGAAGAACUACGCCUCCAGCAGGGACAUCCUGAAGAAGCAGUGGGACGACACGAACCUCAGGGAACUCCAGAAGGUCAUGGUGAUCAAGAAAUAGGAUUGAUAAAGUCGUACUAAUCUUUGCAACUUUUUUUUCAUCUUUUCGUCAUCGAUACCUGAUUCAAGAUGGCGACGCCGUAAUUUUUUUUUUUUCCGAGGAUCUCGUGCGUUUUGGAUUCUUGAGCAUCGUACAUUAGCCCCCCCUUUACAUUUCCAUGUUUAGUGGCAGUUAUCAUACAAUUGGGUUUACGGAUGGUUUCAUACGUUUUGGAUUCGUACUUUUAAGCAUCGUACAUUUGUUCUUUCUAUUACCUCGUUUUGAGGAAGUUAUCACACAAACGGGGUUGGGACCAUCUUGAUUUUUGGGAUUGUGGAACAUUAUAUUAGUGAUUCUUUUUUUGGUGUACUGGCCAUGAAAUUGAUGUGUUCGUCUGAUGUUUAUUGAUGAUUAUUUAGAAAGAAAUUAGUUACAUGGCAUAUACAAUUUACCAGGCAUUGAAAGGGCUGGAUAUAAUGCUGUUACAUAUUGUACUUAUUCUUAAAAAGAUUUACAUAGUUACAAAUAACUGUAAUAUCUAGAAAUCACUAUACUAAAAUUCGGUCCAGCUUUUGACUAAAAUUGAUUAAAAAUUGUUGAAAAAUUGAAAAUACACCUAGUUCCUGAUAAAUUCUAGUCACUAGGCUAACGCCACACUGAAAGAAACAGUAUUAGACCGAGGUGGUCGUUUUAUUUACAGUAUUCACUGGUCAAACUACGUAUCACUUCUUUUAUGACCAUCUUUGAACUUUGACCAUGUUUUUCGUGAUGUCACAAUUGCUAAAGUUUCCUUCCGAAUCUGACCUGUGAUGGGGUCAUGUUUGCAGUUUUUCUUGCUGUUGGUGUAGGUGGUAGAGUUCCAGUCUGACCCACGUUUGCGAGGUCAGGUCGAACCUAUCUUAUCUAAAUUCCUCUUUUGUAUGGUCAGGUCAAACUCAUCUUAUCUUUAAAGACUGCAUAGAAAUCACGUUCACCCAAUUUGGGUGUGGUCUUAAUACAUGCAACCUUAGGAACUAUAGUAAAGAGGAAAUUCAGUGCUAGUCUAAUUCUAUUCCAGGUUGGAAUUUAUAGUAGCGUCACUGAAAUUGUUAGGAAUUAUGUGUUUGUGUGUUAUGUCUGUGUGAUUGUGUUUUUGUGGGUUUGUAUAUAUAUAUAUAUAU